AUGGUGAUACUGCUCAAGCAGGAAGUCAGCCGAGCUCUGUGCACAGUUGAUAAAUGCCAGCGUCCUCCCUGUCUUUCCUGCUCCACAGCCCCCGCUCUUGACGUGGACUGGCAGCACAACACUACCUUUGCCUCCUGUAGCACAGACAUGUGUAUUCAUGUAUGCAGACUCGGCUGUGACCGCCCAGUCAAAACCUUCCAAGGACACACAAAUGAGGUCAAUGCUAUCAAAUGGGAUCCUUCUGGAAUGUUGCUAGCAUCCUGCUCUGAUGACAUGACAUUAAAGAUCUGGAGCAUGAAGCAGGACACGUGUGUGCACGACCUGCAAGCUCACAGCAAAGAGAUAUACACCAUCAAGUGGAGUCCCACCGGGCCGGCCACCAGCAACCCCAGCUCCAACAUCAUGCUGGCGAGUGCUUCGUUUGACUCCACGGUCCGGCUGUGGGAUGUGGAGCGAGGGGUGUGUAUCCACACGCUGACCAAACACCACUUUGAAUUCCUAGAAAAGUUUCCUUUCAUUGGAUCGGGUGACCUCUGUGCACGUAUUAGUGGCAGUCUUGUCCAUAGCUACCGAGGCACCGGCGGCAUCUUUGAGGUGUGCUGGAACGCUCGUGGGGACAAAGUGGGCGCCAGUGCCUCUGACGGCUCCGUGUGUGUUUUAGAUCUCCGGAAGUAAACACAAAAUAUUAUAGAAAAACUCACGAGUUCUAGUGGACCAGCAGAGAACGUGUGGGGUCGUGGCCCUGUCCAGACACCAUUCUGUCAGCCCCAAACUGUACGAACUUGACUUGCGUUAGAGUGUACUUGGAAAUCAACUCGUCCCUGGCCACAGGAGUCUAUAUGUUUUCGUAAUCUUCAUCGAGAAGUUCCAAAACAAACAAGCAAAAACAAAAGCAUACACACAGUCACAUCAGAGGGGGAUGAGUGGCCUCCAGCCAGGACCUUCAGCCCAGGAAACAGGAAGCUAGACGUGCCCGGUGUGGUUUCCAUCCGGAAGAGGCUCUGAUGGCUGAACGGAAAACAAGAAAAAAGGAAGCUGUGCCAAAAAAGCAAAAACAGAAAACAAAGCAAAGAAGCAAAAUGCUGUGAUAAACCAGGAGGGGAAGCGUCCUCUCCUCGCGCUGGUGUUUUCUUUCCCCUGACAAUUGGGACACUACAGCUGCUCUGGAAAAGGAUGUUCAAAGACCAGUUUGUACCGAUUCGAUGUGCAGCUUUGUAAUCCCAACACUUUCUAUUUUCUAGAA